AAUUGACCAGGAUAGAAGUUGUUAUUGUUGUCAAGAAGUCCCUCGACAAUAAUGUAGCUGUUUACUUCUACAACUGCUAGAUCAUGAGAUGGGCCCAUCAUCCUUUAGACCCAACAAGCCCGGCGGUUAUUCUCCACCGGGAGAGUUUCGCUGGGAGCUUCUCCCGCUUCGAUUGUGGACCACUACGGCACAACCAGAGGCGGGUUCUUUGCAUAGAUCGUUCUUCAAGCUUGCCUAUCUGAUCUGCUUGGGGAUAAUUAAAUCAAUAUCAGUAGGUUUCAAAAGAAUGAUAUUCAUCAGACAACGAAUGAGAAGGGGAAUGAAGGAGCAUAUCUCUCCUUUGCAUAUUCUAGCAAUUCAGUAUUCAAAUACACCAUAAUUUCAAGCUAUUUCCAGGGCAGUACUCCGUAAUACAUCCUAUUACAUUCCCGUCCUGUGGUGCGCGGAAAGAGCGCGGCAAUAUCGUUUCUCA